CACCCGCCCACCGCAAGGAUGCUCCUGGGGUUCCGGAGAGGCCGCAGGAACCAGUUCAAACACAUCGUCCACGGCCUUCUCCCUGCAGCCAGCAUCGCUCCGAAGCCAGCCGUGCCCCGCACGCCUCCUCCCCGCAGCCCCAACCCCUCUCCGGAGAGACCAAGAUCUGCUCUGGCCGCAGCCAUCCUGGCGACGACGUUAACUGGCCGGACCGUUGCCAUUCCUCAGCCUCGCCAGCGAUCCCGGUCUGAGAGCGACACGACCUCCGUGGAAAAGGACAGCUUCAUCGAGCCCUAUGCCACCUCCUCGGAGCUGAGACUUCGACUAAAUGGGCAGAGUGAGAUGAAAAGAAGAACUUCUCUGCCAUCCUUUGAAACACUGGGCUAUGGGGAAGAAGAGGACGUUGAAUCUCAGCUGUCAUCCAGCUGCGAGCAUUUGGAGGAUGUCGGUGCCCAGGAAGAAGAGGGAGGUCGCAGUGAUGACGUGUAUGCCGUGCCACACAGAAAUCAGGUGCCAUCGUCCCACGGGGUGGACAGCGAAGACGAUGAAAAUACUUCUACUCAAGACGGGUUUCCGGGCUCACCUCUCGCACCACGGCGUGCCCAACAAAAAGAUAAUAAGCACUCUGUUCUGAAUUUGAAGGAUGAAAAACCUCCAUUAUGUGAAAAACCUCCACCCUCCCCAGGUAUAACUGGUAGAGCACGUCAAAGAUGUAUGGAACUGACCAAAGAAAAGUUUGAGGAAUUGAAAGAGGAAAAUUUGCACCUGAACGAUAGAAAUCAAACCCUGACCCUUGAACUGAAUGUCAUGAGACAAGCAAUGAAAGAACUGCAGCUAAAACUUAAGAGAAUGGAAAAACAGAAGGAAAAGCUAAAAGAGGUUGAGAAAGCACCGUCGCAGGAAGUUACCACACCUGAAUUACUUUAUCUCCAAAAACAAGCUCAAGAAUUGGUGGACGAAAAUGACGGGUUGAAAAGGACUGUCCAUCGUUUGAAUGUAGAACUGAGUCGAUAUCAAACAAAAUUCCGGCAUUUGUCCAAGGAAGAGAGUUUAAAUAUCGGAGGCCUCCCCGCCAAAGGCCCCACGCCACCCUGGCUGCUGGAUAUAAAGUACCUGUCGCCACUGCUGCUGGCAUAUGAAGACAGAAUGAAAGAGAAGGAUGAGCUCAACGCCACCCUCAAGGAGGAAAUGAGAAUGUUCAGGAUGCGAGUCCAAGAAGUGGUGAAAGAAAACGAAGAAUUGUACCAAGAACUAAACAAGAACAGCCCCGUUACCAGCGAGGAAUGGCAAUUCCCGAGUGCCGGCCAGCUGGUUUCUAAGCUGACCAAACAACUAAUGCUUCUGGAGACGAAAACGCAGGACCAGGAAAAGGAGCUGACAGAAAACAAGGAGCAGCUGGAGAGUUUCCGCGCCGAAUGCGAAGAACUCAAAACACAGUUGAACGGCAAAAUCGCAAUGAAAGUUCACACUUCAAUUGUAAACGAAUUAAAAAGCCAGUUGCGGAAGGAAGAAGAGAAACAGAGCGCCGAGACGGAGGAGCUGAUGGAAGAGUUGCUGGCCCUGCAGGUGCAGAGACAGAGCCUGCUUCUAGAGAAGAGCAAGCUGACAGUGAGAAUCAAAGCGCUGGAAGCCGAGCUCGAGAGGGCACAGAAAAUAAAUAGGAGAUCUCAAAAGAAAAUUGAUGUCCUCAAAAAGCAGGUGGAGAAAGCCAUGGGGAACGAGAUGUCUGCCCACCAGUACUUGGCGAACCUUGUUGGUCUGGCAGAGAAUGUAACCCAGGAACGGGACAGUCUGAUGCAUUUGGCUAAAUGUUUAGAAAGUGAGAAGCACGGAGUUAUCAACAAAAUCAUAAAAGGCAAUAUUCGCUUGGGAAAGUUGGAGGAAAAAGUUAAGGGAUACAAGAAGAAGACAGCGCUGAAGCUGGGUGACAUCAGCCACCGUCUGGUGGAGCAGCAGGAGGACUUUGCUGGCAGGACGGCCCAGUACCUGCAGGAGAUGAGGCACCUGCAUCGGAUGCUCAGGGACAAGCAGGACGUCCUGGACGAGGCGCUGCGGCAGAAGAGAGAAAUGGAAGGUGAACUUGAAGUUAUCUGGGAGUCUACCUCCAAGGAAAACCGGAGAAUCCGAGAACUUCUCCAGACCACGCUGGCGAGGACAGGCAUGGGGGACGGCCCCAGGGCUUUGGAGGACCCCUGCUUCGACGGGGUCUCUCAGGGAGACCUGCUGGUCGGCUGUGAUUUUAGCUACUGCGACCCGAAGCCUCCUGCCAUCACCUGCCGCCGUGUGCAGGAGCCUGCGGAGAGGCCCCCGCAGCCCGAAAGGUCUGCCGCGCACAGGCGGGGGACGGCCGAUCCCUUGCCCCCAGAGGAGAGCUAG